ACUAACGGCAUAUUCAUCAGAUACACCCAGUGCCAAGAUGAACGGAUCGUAUAAAUGCACUGUGUUGUGCCUUUUUGUGAAUAUUUGUGUGCAGUUGGUUUCCAGCGAGAAAAGGCAAGCAAAAGACGAAUUCCUUUCGGUUCUGAAGGACUUCAAAGGUCUCGCUGAUACUACUUUGCAGGUCAGAGAAUCAAACAUCAGUUCAAAAGAAUUUGGCAUGAAAAGCUUCGAGAGGGCAAACCGCUACAAAAACAUUAUAUUUCUUCAGAGAAAGGUUUACCUAAAUUUGCAAUCCGAGCUGAUAAAACAAAUUCAAGAUUGCAGCAACUUCAGGCAAAGAGUUUACACGCUUAUUGCGAAGUACAAAAAAUUAAAGUCAGAAUUGAAAGACCUCAGGACGUCAGUCUGCUCACUAAACAAAUGUAAUUAAGAAA